AUGAGGUGGUUUAGUUCUGCGCAAGCGCUGGCAGCGCUUAGCCUGCUCUCGUCUACGUCCGUUGUGCGCCCGCUGGUUAAUGCGAUUGACUUGGAUCCUACACAGCCUGACUCGAUCAAGGAUGCAUCUUCAAAAAUCGCAUCAGAGCUGGUUGCGCAGUAUGCCAGUAAAGAUGCCAGUGGCGUGCACGUCCUCGGUGGCUACCCUGGAGUCCUGUACCCGCCGUAUUACUGGUGGCAAGCUGGUGCUAUGUUCGGAACGUUGUUGGACUACUGGCGUUAUACUGGUGAUGAUCAAUACAACGACAUGAUGCACGAAGGUAUGGUACAUCAAUUUGGAGAGCAUCUGGAUCUGAUGCCAAGCAAUCAGUCCAAGAACGAAGGAAACGACGACCAGGUCUUCUGGGCUUUCACUAUGAUGUCGGCCGCCGAGUACAACUUCCCGGCGCCUCCUGAUGAUAAGCCAGGCUGGCUCGCAAUGGUCCAGUCUGUGUUCAAUCAGUUUGUCAAGCGCUACAACAAGGAGGUCGAAGAUGGCAACUGCAAAGGUGGGAUGCGCUGGCAGAUUUAUCCCUGGUUGAACGGGUGGACCUACAAGAACACUGCCUCAAACGGCGGACUUUUUCACCUGGGCGCCAGACUGGCCAUGUUUACAAAGAAUGAGACUUACGCCGAGUGGGCGGAAAAAGCGUACGACUGGAUGAACGACAGUGCGCUGCUGGACGACGACGGCACUGUCAACGACGGCAUGUCCAUGACCACCAACCCACCCUGCAAAGAAGCAGACAAAACGCCCUGGACAUACAACUACGGUAUUAUGAUCGCCGGAGCUGCAUAUAUGUACAACCAUACUAACGGAGCUGACAAAUGGCGCAAAGCUCUGGAGCGUCACCUGAACAAAACAGACCAGUUCUUCCCCCAGUACUACAAAGGCAUCAUGACAGAAAUCUGCGAGGCGAAAGAACUGUGCAACACCGACCAAGAGUCCUUCAAGGCUUACCUCUCCCGCUGGCUAGGCAUAUGCGUCCAGAUGGCACCCUGGACCCACGAUCUGAUCAUGCCGCGGCUGCAAACCUCGGCCAAAGCCGCAGCGCAAACCUGCGUCGCCCCCUCCCAGCACGGCGCAGGAAGCUACGCGUGCGGUAUGCGCUGGUGGUGGAACGGACACGACGGAUACCAGGGUGUAGGGCAGCAGAUGACGGCUCUCAACCUCAUCAGUGUGCUGAAUGUCGAUCGCGUCCCGCCGCCGUACAGUAGUAAGACUGGUGGUGAAAGCAAGGGUGAUUCGAGCUUGGGGACAGGGAGCGUAGACGAUGAUAUUCCGCAACUGCAUAAGACCCCCGUUACUACGGGGGAUAAGGCAGGCGCAGCCAUAUUGACCAUCUUGGUCGUCGCGUUUGUGUUAGGGGGUGGCUGGUGGUUAUGCAUUGAGUAA